AUGGACCAAGGAUGUGCACGCGCCAUAUUUAAUCUUUUAGCAUCAGCUGUUCAUAAGCGCAAGUGCCAGAGCGAGCGAGAGAGGCAGGUUCUGGCAGCGGCAGAGGCUGGGCGACGAGUAUAUAAGGCUGGGUCGAGGCGGGCACCGGGCACAGUUCUUCGGCAACGGGAAGAAAGCAAGAUGGCGGCUGUCCAGAGAAGUGCGGGAAUUACCGCUGUUCUAGUGAUCCUGGCGAUGGCUUCUGGCGCCGAGGCUCUCGCUGUUAACGAGACGGAUCCUUCGCGGCAGUCGGGCUUCCUGUACCUGACGCCGGAGCGGAGGCUGGCGCUGCCCCCCCAGAGCAUCCUGGUCCUCACGCCCACGCUGAGUCUUCCUAUGGGGCGGAACCUUCCCUUCGGCUAUGGGGCGUCCAUGACCAUCUCCAUCCCCUUCAAGAUUGGUUUUGACGACCUUGGCUUGACAUCCGAGGAGAACACCUGGGGCAUCAUUGAGGGACUCGAUGACCCUUCUCCGGGGGACCUGGCUGGUGGCCACAGGGAGGUGAUGUAUAAGGUGGUGGAGGAGAGUCUGCAGUCGGUGGGCCUGGACGGGAAGGCCUGCCUCCUGCGCGCCAUCUGCGAGAUGUUCGAGAUUCCUCUCCCCAACCACGGCUUUAUCGGCGAAUUGCUUGACCUGUUCUUCAGCGCCAGCCGGUCCGCCAAGGGGAAGAACCGCCUGGGGGAUUACACGAAGGCGGAGCUGCGAAGCAAGGGCGGCCAGGACUGCACGCCGUACCACGAGGCGUGCCCCUACUCCUUCUUCGAGGCUCCAGCGAGAAGUAACUCGACCGGCGUCGGAGGCAGCGAGUAACGCCUCCCGCCGGUGGGCAAUGGCACGAGGAGAAGCCGUGACGCCCCUUUUAUUUAUGACUCUUAUUUAACAGGAUAUGUUCAGAAGGAACUGGAACCGUUUACAACAUAUUGUUGUGCUUUCAUUUAAAUAGGUUGUUCACACAGGAUGUGUCCAGUUUAGGCGCUGGCUGCCUGCGCCGCAGCGCGUCUCCUUGAGGACUCGUCAAGGGGGUCAGAUAUUCCAGCGCCUUGCGGUAGCGAUCAGCUGAGCGCCUGACGACGUGACGCAACGCCCUCAGACGCCUCUCGCUGACCGUCUCGAAGGAAGCCAGAAAUAAAUUCUGCGAAGGCGACGCGCUUGACCUGCCCCCGGGUGGCCGCGGAGGAGGUCGGAAUAGCAGUGUAUGACCUUGUGAUCUCGUUGUGUGCUCCUUGUCUCGUGAAUAUGUUCCAGUUCCCUAUUUUUGUUACGCUUUAUGUUUUUGAUAUAAUAAAACUCUAUGACCUUA